GGUGAAUUAUUGCAGUAUAAAAGAGUUAAACUGGUAAUCAAUUAGAGUAAAGACAAGGCUGUCAAAUAUGGUGCGUCUCGUGCUGCUGACUUUGGCAUUAUUCGCAGGAUGCUGCUACGCAGCGCCUAGGAUCGUUGGGGGGCAGGAGACCACCAUCAACGAGUAUCCAUCCAUCGUCCAGGUGGAGUUCUUGGGCAUCUUCUCACAGGCCUGGUCGCAGUCGUGUGCUGCUAACAUCCUCAGCUCCAGAUACGUGCUGUCUGCUGCCCAUUGCUUUGCUGGCAUUUUCUACUCGCCCUCCUUACGCCGCAUCCGAGCUGGCACCACCUUCCGCAACUCCGGUGGGUUCACCAGAAACGUGGCCAAUGAAUACAACCACCCCACCUAUGGACUGUUGGGGGCCGACGGAGACAUCACCGUUGUGAGGCUGGCGGAACCUUUGGAAUACAACCCAGUCGUCCAGGCAGGAUACAUCGCCAACCCGAACACAGUGAUCCCUGAUAACCAGCCUGUGAUCCACGCUGGGUGGGGACACACGCAGUUCGGAGGACACCCAUCCGACGUUCUGAGGCACGUGACAAUCUUCACCAUCAACCACGCCAUCUGCCGCGAGCGCUACGCAACUCUUGGCUGGCCCGUCACCGAGAACAUGAUCUGUGCUGGUCUUCUUGACGUCGGAGGCCGAGAUGCCUGCCAGGGAGACUCUGGUGGACCUCUGUACCAUGGCUCCACCCUCGUCGGUGUCGUCUCUUGGGGCGAAGGCUGCGCGAACGCCACUUUCCCUGGAGUCAGCACUGCGGUCGCGCCCUACACUUCAUGGAUCGUUUCUGUUGCUGUUUAAGGAAAUCCUUCACCAGUUACUUAUUUAAACAGACCUACAGACUUCUUGGAUUCUGCUUCAAGCUCCAGUCUUCUGUAAAUUUGAAUCACAAUCUAAGCACAUAUUUUUCAUAUCAUUUGUUGUGAAUAAAAACCAAAUAAAUGAUUAAAAGCAUU